AUCGACAGUAUAAAAACAACUUUGACAGCUGUGCUGCAACGGAGUGAAGAUAUCGUCGAAUGAUAGAAUAACAAACUAAAUAAAUCCACAACUACAAACAACUAAACAACUUUUUUUACUGAACUUGCCCGAAGAACGCAAUCGAUGAACAAUUCAAAAAAUUUAUUCUACUGCAUAAAAAAUGACAUUUACACUGCCAAAAUAUGCCGUUAACCUAACCAAUCAAAACGUCUGUCGCGACAGUGAAUGCUAAAGUGCACAUCGCUAAAACUUAUUAAAAAUAGUUAGCUAGUUAAAAAUAUUGCAGUGAAACUAGUUCGAAGAAAAAUUCCAAUAAAUAACAAUAAAAGAUUUUCGUAUCGAAUUCGUUUAUCGUUGGUUUAUUGCUGUAAAACGACGGAUAACAAAAACAUAAAAGAAGAGACAAAAAAAAAAAAGAUUUUUGCCGAAAGACAAUUUUGAAAUUAUUAAUUCAAUAAUUUUUUCAUAAACUAUUAAUAGUAUCACAUUGUUUUCUUUAUAGAGAAGCAUCAUCUCUCCGUGAUUAGUAAUUCUUUCAUAUAUUGAGUGAAAUUCUUAAUUUGACGCAUCUGAGUGAAGAAUUUAUUCGGCUUCUCGAAGUGAAGUUGUUUGUAGAAGCUACCGGGAAGUAUUUUUAUUGAAGGGUACCUGGAAGUAUUUGAAAUUUGAAUUUGAAAUUUUGUGUAUAUAUUCAAAAAGAAGAUGAACUGGGGCUGGGCAUAUGAAGGCGUCAAUGGUAACAUUCCACGUAAUACGGGACCGGAAUGUGUUAACUAUUUAUCUACUACUCGACAUAUUGUUGAAAGUGUGAUUUUAGUUCCAGUAGCAAUACUCAUUUUCAAAUAUGGUAUGUCAAAACUCCCUCCAUUGCAGUUCAACUUUAGUAGAUACGAUGGUAUUGUAUGCGGCAAGCAAUUGCUUUUGAUCACUAUGACAUUUUUGUUGGGCUUAGAAAUGGGCUUCAAAUUAUGUACGCGCACAGCGAUCUAUAUUUUGAAUCCAUGUCACGUAACAUCAAUGCUACAAAUUUAUUUAUUGGCGGCAAAACCCUCAAAAUGGACCACCACACUGUUCAGAAUACACGUCAACUACUUGAAUGGGCCAUUACUGGCAUUUUUAUUUCCUGAACAUGAUUCAAGAAAAAUUACAUUUGAACUAGCUACCUAUUAUAUUCAACAUGGCCUAAUGUUUGUUAUUCCAGCAUAUUUACUACGACAUGGAGGUCCUUAUGCAGCCGAGAAAAUUAUGGAUUUUAGCUAUAGCAUUGCAGCUUAUGGAAUUUUCAUUUUCUAUCACUAUGGAAUAUUGGAGUUUUUCGCUGUGACAGCGCAAAUCAAUUUAAACCAUAUGAUUUGUCCCGCUAUUUUGGAUCCAUUCCAAGGUACUAAUUACAGACUAAUAGCUUGUAUGCAUCAAAUGAUCCUAUGCCCGAUCAUAUCGAAGUCAUUUGGAUUUGUUUUUUCACCCUCAUCUACUAACACAAAUGAAACAGUAUUGGCUGAAUUUCCAUCAAAUGGAGAAGAUCAUGAACGGAAUGAACGGAAGAAAAACUCGUUACAUCAACAUAAGGUUGAAGACAUUAAAUCUUGCCAGGUGCAAAAAAUGAGCCGUAACAUUAUGGAUGACAUGAAUAAUGUUCUAACACUUGAUAACGCUGUAUUUAAACAAGCGUUACGCAAUAAAUACAAUGUGAAUAAUGUCAACGGAAGGCAAAUUGAAAAUGAUUGUAAUAUUGAUAAUAGUCUUUUGGGUGGUACAUCAAAACAAUACCCAAAUGUUAGCAAUAAAAAGAUACAAUAAUUGAAUAUCAACCUCGAGAAGAAAACAGUACACAUUGCAAAUGUUCUCAGCAAUGAAAUCCCUACUACCGUGCUAGAUGGUGUCGACACGAGUGGACGGAUUUUUAAAUUUAUUUAAACGACGCCAUGUUACUUUACUUGUCCAUUAC